AUGGGCAUCUUCCGUUGUGUUAUCAUCACAGCACGCUACCAGCCUCCCUCAUCUUUAGUCCCUUGUUUUUCCUCCUCCCAGCAAGACGCCUACUUUACCGCGGCCCUAGCCUCCGUGGUAAAAGAUCAACCUAUGCUACGUGUUGGUCUCUUACACGAGGACAAUCCAAAGAAGACGUCCUUCUCACACGUUGAAAAUAUGACCCUAAGCAACCACUUCGAGUAUCGCUCCGUUCAUUGCACAUCUGAGGACGAUUAUGAGAGGCAGCUUGCUUCUACCCAGUCCUGGCUACAUGACCAGCUGUGGCCAAACCUUGCAGCCUGUCCGCCGUGGAGGAUCAUCAUCCUACGCCCGGUGUCCAGCUCCUUUUCUACCUCUGAAUUUGAUAUUAUGUUCGGCUACCAUCACUCCCUCUUCGACGGUACUAGCGGGAAGGAGUUUCAUCAGUACCUCCUGGCCGCCCUUCAGUCCCAACCCACCAACCCAGACCCUAUCUUUACCCUUCACUUUCCCUCACCACCUCAGCUGCCGCUCUCACAAGAGGAGGCCAUAGGCUUCAAGAAUUCCUACUCUUUCCUCCUUCGUGGCUUCUGGAAUCUCGCUGUCCCUUCCUUCUUCAAAUCUCGUCAGCAGCGCCUUUGGACCGCCCAGCCGAUUCGUCUCCAUCACCCGUAUAAAACCCGCAUCCAUGUGGUUGAAAUCGACGCCGCCUCUCUCGCUUCUCUCCUUAUAGCCUGCCGCGCUCAGUCAAGUUCCCUGACUAGCCUACUACAUGCUCUGAUCCUCAGCUCACUGUCCCGCCGCAUGCCAACCUCGUCCUUUUGCAGCAGCACCCCCAUCAGUCUCCGACCCUGGAUCUCUGAUUCGACGCCCUUUCAGAUGCGUAGCCUCACUACGGCGCACGCAACACCCCACCCAUUACCCAUCGUCUUGGGCCUCGGCCACCCGUCAGCCACCGAUGCCCUUAUUUGGGAGUCCGCUCGGCGUGUAAAGCAGGACGUACAGUCCCGGCUCGCAAGGAUCCCCAUCGACGAUCCCAUGGGUUUCAUCCCCCUAAUACCAGAUCUGAUGGCAUACUGGCGCGGUAAGGAAGGGCAGCCACGUGACGAGACUUGGGAGGUCAGCAACCUGGGUAUUUUGGAGCAGGACACCCCCCACGACGGGUGGGAAAUCACGCGUGCCUUGUUUAGCAGUGGCGCUAUGGUGACGGGCGCGGCCAUGGGCUUCAAUGUAAUAAGUGUCAGGGGGAAGGGUCUAACUAUAGGCGUGACCUGGCAAGAUGGUGAUAUAGAUGAGGAGCUUGUAAGGAAUGUGGCUCGGGAUAUUGAGAAUUAUAUAAAAGAGUAG